GUCAACGGGUAUCUCUGGUAGAGUCAAAGUCGAGUUAUCAUCGCUGUUAAGUAGGUAAGCUUCCCUUUGCGUCAAUACCUUAGUUGAGGCCAUGCCCAAGCUCUACGGACUUGCAAAGUUUUGUUUUGGUCGCAUUUCACAAUGAAGUCAUUUGGAAGACCAUGAUCGACAUCCACAGCAUUCUACUUGUUUGUUGGUCUAUCUGUUCGCUAUGUUUGAUUGUCCGGUUGUCUGCAGUGAUUAUCAGUUCCGUCCUGUACGGGAUGGAAAACACUUCCGUCGGCUGUCCACAUUGGCAAGCGCAUGAGGGAUCUCAUCAUGCGAUACUUCACUCAGUAUUCACGCAGCUAACCCUACUAAGUCCGUCACGAUGAAGGUCUUCUCCCUCAUCACCACCCUCGCCGCGGCGGGCGCCGCCCUCGUGUCCGCGCAG